AAAGACCCGCCCUGCGCCUCAUCUGCUCUACUUCUGUCACUCACUCUCCCAGUCACCCACAGAAGUAAACCAUGUCUGAGAUCAGCAGAGAAGUUCUUCUGGAGGGUCUCUCUGCCCUCACUGGGAUCACCCUGAAGUCACGCACUGAACUCCAAGAAGUCUCCACAGCUGUAGAACUGACUGUCGAAAAUGUUCUCCCUGUUGUCUUUAAAAUGUUGUUCAAGUCUGUGGUACCUGACCUGACUUCAUUGUUGACUCAGCUAUCUGUGAACUCUGAAGUCUCGACUUUCCGGAGAGAGUACUUCGUGGACAUGGACGAGUUCUUUCACCCUAAGUUUGAUUGCGAUUUCCGAAGCGGCGCAAGCUCCUCUAAGUGUUCCCGUGGUAAAGAAUCGUACACACGGCCCUGGGGGUGGUACCGCUUCGCUCUGAAGGUUCUGGAUAAGUAUCCUGAUGGAAACACCUGGCUGGGGCCGGACGGAUGGAGGAGCGAGUCUGCGCCCGGUGAGUGGCCAGUUUCCUUCCAUGGAACCAGCAUUGAGGGAGCCAGAGGCAUCACUGAGACCCAUUACAGAGCUGGGCCUCGCGAUGUUUAUGGGCGAGGCAUCUACUCCACUCCUGAUAUUAGCAUUGCAGAAGAUUAUGCUAUGAGCAAGAAGUUCACAUCAAAGAAUGGAAAGACUUACAAGGUCAUCAUGCAGAACCGGAUCAACCAUAAGAAGAGGGUCAUCACUAAAAAGAAAGACUACUGGCUCAUCCCGGUUCCUGAGGGAACCUCACCAGAAAAGGAGAAGGAGAUUGUGGAGACAUCCAUCCGUCCUUAUGGCAUCCUGAUUAAAGAGGGGUCGCCACAGCAGAUCAUCUGCCUCCAUCGUAAACCUGGCUCUCGGACAGCACGCCAGACUCUGCGAUCCAGCUGGAAACUCACUCUGUCCACCGCGGGGACCGCACAGCAGCGUCAGGCUGACUUAGAGCUGCUGAUGGUGAAGUGCAGAGCCUUUUAUCUGCCUAGAGAGUUCAGCUCUGUGUACAUUCUGGCUACUUACAUCCUGCCACGCGCAAACUCGGCCACGGCGCUAAGGCUGCUGCAUGAUGCCAUCAGUAAACAAGAGACCGCACACCCGGACGCUGCAUUCAGUGUGGCCGGCGACUUCAAUCACUGCAACCUGAGGACUGUCCUCUCCAAGUAUCAUCAGCACGUGAGCUUUCCGACGAGGGAGAGUAACAUACUCGACCAAGUUUACAGCAAUGUGAGGGGGGCCUACAGAUCUGACCACAUCUCUGUAUUCCUCUAUCCAGCAUACAGACAACUCUUUAAGCAAGCACUUCCAGUGAGUAAGACCAUCAAAGUGUGGAAUGAAGAAACUGACUUAGUGCUUCAGGACUGA